UUUUGUGUACGCCCAUAUUCCGUUAUACCGUAUGAAUGGCCUGAUGAUUUGACGCGGUGGCCGAUAUGCGAAGAACACCGCCAAGGUGCUUUCUUACCGACGCACAUGACAUGUCAGGUGACUGGUCGUCCAUGUUGUAUCCAGAUGCAGGGUCAAUGUCGAAUCGCAACUCGAGAGUACUGUAAUUUUGUGAAGGGCCACUUUCAUGAGAAUGCUACCUUAUGUAGUCAGGUGAAUUGCUUCUCCGAUAUUUGUGGCAUGCUUCCGUUUCUGAGAAGAGAUUAUCCAGAUCAGUUUUAUCGCAUGUUCUUUUCGUUAUUCUUGCACGCAGGCAUCAUCCAUGUCGCAUUCACGGUAUUCGUUCAAAUGUGGUUGAUGCUUGAUCUUGAGAUGUUAAUUGGAUGGAGGCGUAUGGCAAUUCUCUACAUAGGAUCUGGUAUUGGUGGUAAUAUUGCCAGUGCAAUUUUUGUGCCAUACAGUCCUGAAGUAGGUCCAUCGGGAAGUCACUUGGGAAUUAUGGCAGCGCUGGUUGUUGAUUUACACCACCACAGGCAUAUCAUCGUUCGACCUCAUCGAGAAUUGGCAAAGCAUAUGCUCACAGUAUUUUUGCUAUUUCUGACUGGUCUUCUCCCAUGGGUUGACAAUUGGGCUCAUUUAUUCGGCUUCAUUUUCGGAUUGCUAAUCACUAUUGUGACAUUCCCUUACUUAAAUUUCGAGUCGCAAGAGAAAUUAAAGCGAGGAUGUCGAUCGAAGUUAUCAAGAAGACAUCUUGCAAUUGUAACAGCUUUGAUUUUGUGCGUGUUCCUGUACUUCCUACUUGGCUACAUUUAUUUCAAUCAAAUUGAUGUGAAUUGCCCAUGGUGUCAGUACUUCAACUGUAUUAACAUAAAAUACUUCACUGGUUCCAAUCACUUCUGCGACAAUACGGGACAGAAGCUCUCGCAGUGGCUUCCGAUU